AUGGAAAAGACUUACCAAACUAUUCACUGGCAACAUGCGUCGUUGGAACCAAUGCAUGCGGGAUCACCGGCUUUAAGACCACCACAACCACCAGCAGCACCUCCCUGGCCACCAUCGGUACCGCUAUCACCACCCGCACCUCCUCCAUCACCGCCGUCAGCAACGCCAUCGGCGCCGGCAUCACCAUUCCCACUAGCUCCGCCUUCAGCUGCACCAGCGUCUCCAUCGCCACCACCAGCACCACCGUCACCAGCGGCAUCACCAUCACCACUUGUGCCACCUUCAGCGGCUCCAGCACCAUCACCGCCAUCGUCACCACCGCCAGCACCAUCACCACCGUCACCACCGUCAGCACCGUCAUCACCGCCAUCACCGCCAUCGUCACCACCGCCAGCACCAUCACCACCGUCAGCACCAUCAUCACCGCCAUCACCACCAUCGCCUCCAUCGGUGUCCUCAUCUCCACUGUCUGGUUCAGCUGCCACUGGUACUUCUACAUAGAUUGGCUUCUCGACAACUUCAUAGUGGAUUUCUGGUGCUUGUGGAACUGGAACAUGGACAGGGUAAAGCUCUGGAGCAGCAACUGGAGCAAUUUCAGGAGCAGGGGC